UUUAAUACAAAUUAGCAAACUCUCUGUUACCCAAAAAAGAAAAAAUAAUCAUGAAGUUCCUUUUGGAACUCAUGGCCUGCUGUGGUUGUUCUUCUCGUUUGCCUCCACUUGAAGACAUCGGGCCUCUCGUUCCUGGCCCGGCCCAGCCCAUUAACCGUAAGACCAGAAGACGAAGGAGAGGUAGAGAUAGACCAACGAGUACUGUUGAUUCAGUACCUAAUAAUUGGAGGCCUUCACUUUCGGCCAUUUCAGAAGACAACGCUCUGCCACCUAGAAAUGUGAAGAGAAAAGUCAUAACUACUUCCCCACCCGCCACUAUACCCCGUCGUCGUAGUUGUGAGGAUACUAGGAGAAUUCCAGUUUCAGCUUUGGCGCCAGCUUUCUCCCCAACUCCUUUUUUAUUUUAAUUUCUCUGAAACCUUUUUUUUUUGUGGGGUGGUAUGUAGUUGUGAUGAAGAUGUAUCAUGUAUGCAUAUUGUACUGUAAAUGUUCUAUACUAUUGUCUCUUUUAUCUUGUUAAUUA